AUUGUAAUAACUAUAAUGCACAUUAUAAUUACAUUUCAGGUGACCCUUGCCUGCGAAGGGCAAACAUGCAAAGCGCACAAAAUGGUUCUAUCUGCAUGCAGCCCGUAUUUCAAAGCUCUUUUGGAGGAAAACCCUUCGAAGCACCCCAUCAUUAUCUUGAAAGAUGUGUCGUAUAUACAUCUGCAAGCUAUAUUGGAGUUUAUGUAUGCCGGCGAAGUGAAUGUAUCGCAAGAGCAAUUGCCGGCCUUUUUGAAAACUGCUGAUCGCCUCAAAGUGAAAGGUCUGGCAGAAACUCCUAGUUCUAUAAAACGGGAAGGUUGAUGGUGGUAAAUAAGUUCAAUAAAAUACGACUAUAUAUAAUAAAACAACAAAACAAAUACAUACGCCUAAACUAUUAAUAAGGAAUGAAUAUAAAUUUAAUUGAAAAUUUUAAUUUAAAUGCGUAAAAUAAUUUAGUAAACUGCUAAAGAUACAAAAAUAAUACAUACUGCAUACAAAAGAAGUGCGACUCAGAAUUUAAUUGCUUUAAUCAUUAAUAGAAAUGAUUGCGCACAGUUUGUUUCAUUAUAUGUUUUAAAUCUCAGAUUAACAACCGCAUUGUUUUGCAUCAUAUAUCGAUAGCCAUUAUUUAAAAUGAUUUAUUUAGUAAACUUCUUAGAUUUUUUUUCAAUUGAAUUCAUUUUUCGGUACGCGUUACUUCUCUUGAGCAAAUCUAAAACUCUGUUGCGCAAAAUGAAUUAUAUUGUAUAUUAUUUAAAUUGUACGAAUUAAGCCGGCAAACUAAUAUCGAAGGAAUUAAAAAAAGAAAAAACACCACGAGCUGGAAAUUAUAAAGAAUUUUGUAGUGUAUAAAAAUAACUAAAAAGCAUAAUUAUAAACGAUACUGUAGAAUGCUAAAUGACUUUGACAAUGUGUAAAAAGGCGAAUGAAAGUUUUAAAUAAAAAACUAAGAAUGGGAUUGUAUCUCCUGUUUAGAUAUACAUAUUAAGCUACCAUUUUAGAGUUGCAAUUAUUCGUACAUUUAUACCAUUUAAAACAAUACAUUUAGAUAAGAAGCGAGGGCAUUUUAAAAAAAUCGAGGUCAUGACAGGAAAACUAACCCAUUGAAAGUGAAAUGUAAACAAACCUUUAAAUUUAUUAUUUAAUAAACUGCAAAAAUCUCUAUCAGCCCAAGCACCGAUCAAGUUACGUGAUAAAGAAAAUAAUGGGACAAAUUAAUAGUCAAAAUACAGUCGAAAUCAAAGUUAUUUGCAGCUUAUUGACAUAAUUUUCAAUGGAAUAUCUACCAAGAAAACUGCAAUUAACUUUAGAAUCGACUUUAUUUCGACUAUGAACAAGCCCCAUUGUAUUAAAAGUUUUACUUAAGUAAAUGAACGAAAAUCAUAAGCUAUAGCCAAAGUAGAUUUGAUGAAAAAGAAAUAAAACAGGAAUGCAAUUCAUAAAAAAUGAAGUGGCACAUCUUUUAAUUGUUUUCUUGAAAUCAAUUUCUUAUUUCAAAAGACUUUAUUUCACUCCUACUAUAUUGCCAAUACUAGCUACACAAAAAAGUUCAAGCAAAAUUUUAAGACACUGAAAAUGACCCAAGAGCUUUUGUAACAUAGAGCUCUCAUUAUUUAAACAUUAACUGAUAAAAUUUGUGUUCAGCGAUUUAUGUUUGCGUUAAA